GUUCUCAACCUCAAUUCGCAUUCACACUUAAAAAAUGUUCUCUCAGAUUUUGAUUUUAGGAGCUGUCGUGGCUUUUGUUGCUGCCAUUCCAACUGAACAUGCUUCAUCUUAUGCAAGCGUUGAACGUCACGAUACUCCGAUCAUAGCUGACCAUGAACAUCACCAUCACGAUGAUCAUGAAGAACAUUAUCCGGACGCUCAUCCUAAAUAUGUUUUCAAGUACGGUGUUAAAGAUGACCACACCGGUGAUCACAAAACCCAAGAGGAAAUCCGCGACGGAGACAAAGUCAAGGGAGAAUACACCGUCGUUCAACCGGACGGCAUCAUCCGCAAAGUUGAAUACUUCGCCGAUCAUCAUAAUGGAUUCAACGCCCAAGUAUCGUACUCUGGUCAUUCCGAGCAUCAUCCUGUAGCUGAAACACAAGAGUACCAUCAUUAACCCGUUACAUUAGACAAUUUGUAUAUAUCUAUUUGUUUUUGAAUAAACUAU